AUGCAUAAAAGUAAAACAAACUUAUUUAAAUAUGAUGGAAUAGAUAAAAGAUUAAAUUCUUUCUUUUUAAAUUCAAAUUAUAGUGAGAGUAAUAAUGAUAACAAAAAUGUUCAACAUAUGAAUUUUAAAAAGUGCGAAAAAGCAUCUAUUUUGCUUGACAAUUUUAACAUACUCAAUCAAAUUACUUUAAAAGAAGAAAUUAAAUGUUCUCAAAAAAAUUCAUUUAAUGAUUUUAUCAUAUAUAAUUAUGACAAUAAAAUAUAUGAAAAUUCUGCAGAUUCCAAUUCUGCCACUUACGAAAAAGUUUUUGAUUUAACUAAAUUUAAAAUUAAAGAAAAAAAUUACGAAAAUAGUUUAAAUAAAAAUUUACAAUAUGAAAAUUAUCAAAAUAUAUAUGAAAAUAAAACUAAGAAUAUAUAUUAUAGUAAUGAAUAUGAAAAAGAUGAUGAUGUCUAUUAUCAAAAAAUUGUUUGUAAUAAUUAUAAAGAUGGAGAACAUGAUAAUGGUAGUAAUAUUGAUGAAAAUCUAAAUCAUAUCGACAGUUAUCAAAAUGAAUAUUAUAAUUACCAUGAUGAAUUACAAAAAUACAAAGGCAUAGAAAAAAAUGAUUUUAAAAAUACAAAUAUAUGCAAAAAUAAUAAAAAAAGGAAUAAUUCUAAAAAAAAAUAUGAAAAAUAUAAUUGUAUUGAAAAUAUAUUUGAUUUAAAAAAAGAAAAGGAUUUAGUAGAGAAGAAAAAAAAUAACUGGGAUCAAAUGGAAAAUAAAAAUGAAAUGAGAAAUAAAGUCGAUAUAGUAAAUAAAAAUAACAAUAAUAACAAUAAAAAGAAAUUUUUAAAAGAAAAUAAUGUUAAAAUCAUAAAGAAAAGUGAAGCUCAAUUAAAUUAUGAAAAACUUUUAAAAGAAAAAGUUACUUUUCAUGAAGAAGAAAAAGAAAAAAUAAAAAAAAGUUUCGAACAUAAAUUGGAAGAAAUAACAAAAAAUUAUGAAGAAGAAAAAGAGAAAAAAAAAAACUUAAUAAAUAAUAUUUACACUAAAUAUAUUAAUAUAAAAAAUCUAUUAAUAAAAGCAAAUAAUGAAAAACAUAAUUUAAAAGAAGAAAAUGAUAAAUUAAAAGAAGAAUUAAAAAAUCCGGCAAAUUACUCUAUAGAAAGUAAUGUGUUAAAUAAUUAUAAGGAGAAAUUAGAGUAUUAUAUAUCUUUAUCAGAAAAUAAAGACAUUAAAAUUAAAAAUCUAGAGGAAGAAUUGAAAACAAUAAAAAAAAAUCUACUUCAAAAAGAAGAAAAAAAUUAUAUAAUAUCUGAAGAGAAAACAAAUAUGUAUAAAAUGAAUAUGCUAUUGAAAAAGGAUACUACACAUUUGCAAAAAAAACUAGAAAACUUAAAAAAUAUAAAAGAAGAAAUGAAAGAAAUGUUAUUUUACAAAGAAAUGAAGAUAAAUUAUUUAGUUAAUAUAUUAAAUAUUUUAGAUGAAUCAAUUAUGAAUGAAAAUGAAAUUCAAAAACAACAUAAAAACAUAGAAAAUGAUAAAAAAGAGAUAGAUGCUAUAAAAAAUAUAAAUAAGAAAAUUAUAAUAAAAUCGAUUCUUCAUAAAAUAAAAGAUUUAAAUAAAAAAAUAAAAAAACAUGGAGAAAUACUCACAAAUUUUCAAACUGAAGAUGAUAAUUUUUUAUAUAAUAAAGAUGAGAUAAUAAGUAAAAACUAUCAUAACAAUAAAAAAGAGAAAAAUGAUAAUGAAUUAUUUGAUAAUUAUUUUAAUUCGCAAAACUUUAUUUUAAAUGAAGACGAACAUAAUUUAAUGAAGGAAAAUGAAACUGUUGAAACUUUUUUUACAAAUUAUAACAUAAAUAAUACAAAUGAUGUUCUUAAAAAUAAUUUAGAAGCAAAACUAGAAAUACAAAGUAGACAAAAUUCAAAUACAAAAGUAAAAAUAAAAGGAACAAACAAUAAUAGCCAAAUAAUAUAA